AGAUGAGUUUUGACUAUCUUCAAGGGGAUCCUGCAGGCCUGGGGCCUCUCUUCUGGUCUGUCAGCACCCCUAAAAGGAAACAGCUUAUCUAGUAUCAGCCAUAAUUUCUGCUGUUCAGCCCAGAAAUAGCUCAGGAGAUUCAUUCAGUGGCACUGGGGCUUGGGCCCAUUUACUGUGGAUUUUCACAUGGCAGGUCUUUAUUUCUGGAGAUUUUGCACUGCUCAGACUGUUAAUGUUAACGGUUGCCAAGGGAACUGGUGCAGCCGCUGUGUGCAGGCAGAGGGUCCUCCUGCUUGGCCACCUCUGCAUCGCCAUGGUACAGAGAUGCCUUUCCUGGCCACUGCCAUUACCCUUCCAUGGGGGAGAAGAAGUUGGGGCACAGCUGCACUGAGGAGCUGCUGAUGUCCCCAGAUGACAGGUCCAGAGCAACGGCAGCCUGUUAACCUGCCAGCACACCUGUAAGAGGCCUUUGCAGCCUCUGCAGACCCACUGUGUCACUAGCUCAGACACUCGCUGCCCUUGCUCUGCCUUUCCCCAGUUUGCUGGGGUCCAUGGGGCUCCAGCUUGUGCAUGGAGAAGCACCUGAGCGUGCUUGCUGGACCAAUGAGCACAGGGAAAGGUGAGUGUUGGGUGUCUUCUCCAACCAGCCUAGCAAAAUGAUCGAAGCCAGCUGAGGGUGGCAGUGCUCCCAGCUUUUCCCUCUGCAACUUUCUUGCACUUGCUCAUAGUAACUUGGUGACCCAUCUCACCUACAUCUUAUCCCUGCUUUUUGUAGGCCUGCUAAGCACUUUCCAUCUUGCUGGAAGUGACUCUUGUCACAAGGGCAUCCUUGGGCAAGUCUCUGUCUCUGCUGAAGUAAAAUUCUGCAGCUGAUGCAGGACUGUAGGUUUGACUACCCAGCCAUGCCUGGAUCCUCAGGCCCAUGGCUUUUCGGAGCCCAGAGUGAUCUCUUGUGGUCUUGAUGAACUUGCUGGAGCAGUUUUUUGGGUUUUCAGUUCUGUCAGCCCUUUCUUGCAGCAGUGGGGAGGAGCAGGAGGAAGUUUGGAGUCAAAUACUACUCUUCUCUGCCCUGCUACAAAGCCCCCUGGAAAACAGAAGAGUACUUGUCUGAAUGUGGCCCAGGAUUUUUCUUCCUCUUGCCUCUUGAGGAAACUUACCUAGCACCUCUAGAAAAGGAUUUGAGAAAGUUGGCACUUUCCUCUUCUCACCUAAAAAAGCUCUUUUGACUUUCAGUGAUACUAAUCACAAGAGAGAGAUCAGGGCAACAGAUCAUGCAGCGUUCUCCUUAAUGCAGUGCCCUGCUGUGCACUGAAACAUCAAGCAAGGAGCCCCAUGAGGACAGACUGACUGAUCGUGGAGCCAUGAGGGACUGCACUCAAGUGUGCCUGCCACACAGUUACGUACCUGAUUUUAAAGAUUUUUUCCCAGCCCAAAUGAUUCUUUGGUUCUACAAUAGGAGCUGGAAUUGCCAAGUUGGGUGGACCCCCCUGCUGGUUGUCUGGUGUUCUUGCACGGCAAUGGUGCUGUCACUUCCCUAGAGAUACCAGAGUGAUCCAAGGCUUUCUGAGUCAUGGUGUUAAGUUGCUUGUCUUCCUCCAGAGCAGAACUGGCUACAGUGGGGACAGGGGUGUCUGACUGCAUUACAGGAGAAGGAACAUGGUGCAGCGGAGAAUCCAAGAAGCAAAGCAGUAGUCCAUGUGUGUUGUGGCCCUCGUGCUGCUCAGAUACCUGCUUAUUGAUUCCUGAGUUCACUCAGCUUCAGUGGGGAAUGGGGGAUAACUUCCCUGCUCUGCCUGAUUUGCCCACUGUGCUGGGGAUAGGGAAAAUGCCUCCCAAAGAAACUUAUGAGAGGAGUUAUGAGCUUAUGAGUCCUCUUCUUGGUGGCGCAAAGCAGUUGGGUGAGGUCCUUCAGCAAUCUUCCUUGCUUGUGCAAAAAGUCACAGCCCUAGCCAUGCAGGCAGGAGCUGUGUGGUUUGUACUCUGGGCUUCACAUCUUGCUUCUGCCACAGACUUUCGGCACAAUCUUUAUCACUACAUGCUUCGAUUCCUCCACCUGGAACACAAUACUCAUGAUUAUCCUUGUUUCCUUCAUAAUGGGAUUGAAUGAGGUGAAUUCAUAAGCAGCCUUUAGAGCUGUGCCAGAACAGUGUUUGGUACUAAUGUUGCCUGUGUUCCUGUGUGAGACAAGUCCUCUUUCUCAGAGAAGGAUGGUUUUCCUGGAUAGAACUGAGGUACACUGAGAUGUCAGUGGAAAGAUGCAAGUAGGAUACUCAAGCACUGAGACUGGCACCAAUGCAUUCCUGCUUGCAUUCCUGAUCAGAAACAGAAUCCAAAUGAGCAAAUUAGCAUUUAUAUUUAUGUGCUCUGCCCAGCUAGACGUGGUUAUGAUCCUUCAGGCAGGGCAUUUUUAACUGGCCAGAAGAGGACCAGCCCACAAUUUGCAAAGCGUAAGAGCCCAGGACCUAAUUCUGCCAAUGGCCUUGGAUGCCUUUUGGUUCCUGACAUCCCAGAGGAAAAGACCUGCAUUGUGUGUUUCAUGGUCUUUGCUUCUGACCCUCUUAACACUAUGCAUUGCACCUAAGGGGCUAUUUUACAUCACUUACUCAUAAUUAAUAGAGAGGCUUGCCCUGCUGUCCCAGAGGGCUUUUUCCUUCUAUCCAGCUUUUGCAGUUUGAAAGCUGAGGAAGCGAUAUCUGGGAGCCACUGUUCCUCCUUGAAGAACAGGGCUCCCAGAUUGUUGAGAUGACUGACAGCUCAUGCUGGGCAUUGAUGUAAAUACAGGGAGCUAGUUCACCUCCAGAAGUCUUUUUUUGGGGUGUGGUGAGAGAAAUCAUUCAUUUUGACCUUGGUGAAACAAAUAGCAAAGCGUCCUCUGACUUUAGGAGGGCCAGGAUUUUUCCUUAGAUCUUUGAUCCCAAGAGUGCUACAGAGGUGGGGAGCAUUUCCUCAAAAGCAGGGAGGAAGCCCAAACAGAGCAUUGUUCCCCACUUCUCUAUGCUGAGCAGAUACUGGGAAUGGGGUAGGACGUAAUUCAGACACUUCCCAGCAAGGCCUGUCACCCUUGCAUCUUCCCUAGAAAUCUCUAGGCUCCUCUGGGCUGCAGUGACUCCCUUACCAUGGGUGUCUCUUCACUGCUCCCUGAGGGCUAUGCAGGACGUGUAGCUGCUGUGCUUUGUAGCACGUAAGGCUCCAGAGGUCAGGAUGGCUUUGUGCCUCUAUCCAGCUGGCCAGUUGCUUCCCACCAAGAAAGUAGUUCCCAAGAAAGCAAGCCAACAAAGUCUGGGGGCUUGCGAGAGAGAGAGCAAUGCAGGCAGAGAAUCAUUGUCUCUGAGAGCUGUGAGGUGUGCAGAGUGAGGGACAGCUGUGUUCGGAAAGGGAAGGUGUGUAUCCGGCCAGAAGGGCAAAUGUGAGGGAGAAUCUGGAGAGGGACAAUGGGAGCUUUGCCCCCUCCCAUGUGCUGCCCAUCUGGUGUCCACUGCUGCAUGUGGCUCCAGAAGAUUUCUUGAGUCCAGUGGGUCGUGGAGCAGACAGCUCUUAGACUAUCGCUAGCAGCGGGUAAGGAGGAGCGUGAAGUGUGAGCGUGAAGGGCUUGGGGUGGGGGACAUUUGGCCUGUGGUGUCCUGACAGCAUGUGCUAAAUAUUAACGUGAUAUUCUUAGGAAAUGAAGACUAAUAAUGCUCAGCUGCAUGAUUUAACAAGUAAAAUAAAGCUCAGGUAGCAAGGCAGGUGCAGGCUCAUAAAUCAUUUGCUCAAGUUCUCCAUGCCACAUGUUUGCUUGCUUAUGUUUGUGUUCUUGUGUGGUAAAGGCAUGUGUGUCAGUGCAUGUCCAUCUGCUCUGCACUUGGAAUUAUGGCAGGCACAUCCUGACUGCUGGAUUCUGGCUUCAGUUGGACAUGUACAAAUAUGGCUUUCUUACUCAGAUGUGUUCUCUGAUCACUGUGCAGCCUCAGGUGAUAACUGGAGGCCAGAAGAAUUUGUAUUUCCAGAGUUUGCUGUGUAAGCCCAGAACCCCCUUGCUAUCCUGUUACUCGCUUUCUCCCUCAAAUGGAAGAGGUAAAGUUUGACCAUCCUUUCUGUGCAUUCCUCUAGGGGACAGAGCUCUUUGUCUGAGACCUGUAUACGAAGUUUAGGACCCCACAGGGAUGCAUCUCAAGGUCUUCAGACCUGUGUGGUUGAGUUUAAGCAGCUGUGGGCUCCCUCUGCUUGAGAUGCCUUUGAUAUUUUGUUCAUCUUUGAUGGCAACAGGCGACUUAGAAGGAUUAAAGUGGUGGUGUCCUGUUUGUGGAAGUGUCUGGGUGUCCACUUCUCUGCAAGGAGGACCAUGCUGCCUCUGUCUCACUUGGGAGACCUGCUGUUUCUGGAAGAAGCAGGCAGAGAAUCCUGCUGCUCUUCUCCAAGCCUCAGCAUUUGGAAAAUUUCUUGUAUCUUGUUUUAUUCUCUUUACCCAUAUCUUCCAGAACAGAUGAAGAUCAGCCCCGAGACCCAACCUCAUGUUGGUGGGGGUCCCUCAAAGUCAUUGGAGCUGGCAAGGCCUCUGGAAAUGGGCAGCCCUUGACUGAGAGCUUGGUUUGACAUGGGCAGAGGGAGAGUCUUCCUGUGCCUGCCUAAGGUGCUGUGUCAGAUGGCGCGCCCAAUUCAAGUGAAACCCGCAGACAGCGAGAGCCGUGGAGGGGACAGGAAGCUCUUUGUGGGCAUGUUAAAUAAGCAGCAGUCUGAGGAUGACGUGCUCCGGCUCUUUGAACCAUUUGGGGUCAUUGAUGAAUGUACGGUGCUCCGUGGACCUGAUGGUAACAGCAAAGGCUGUGCUUUUGUAAAGUUCUCAUCUCACACAGAGGCUCAGGCAGCAAUCCACGCACUCCAUGGCAGCCAGACAAUGCCCGGUGCCUCCUCCAGUCUAGUGGUGAAGUUUGCUGACACAGAUAAGGAAAGGACCCUCCGUCGUAUGCAGCAAAUGGUGGGGCAGCUGGGGAUAUUCACUCCAUCUCUCACCUUGCCGUUCAGCCCAUACAGCGCCUAUGCGCAGGCUCUGAUGCAGCAGCAGACGACGGUUCUCUCCGCUUCCCAUGGCAGCUACCUGAACCCAGGCGUCGCCUUCUCCCCAUGCCACAUCCAGCAGAUCGGUGCCGUCAGUCUCAACGGGCUGCCAGCUGCUCCCAUUGCACCAGCAUCAGGGCUACAUUCACCACCUCUCCUGGGAACAGCAGCCAUGCCGGGACUUGCAGCACCGAUUUCAAAUGGAUUUACUGGAGUGGUACCAUUCCCAAAUGGGCAUCCAGCCUUGGAAACAGUUUACACCAAUGGCCUUGUGCCAUAUUCAGCCCAGAGCCCUUCAGUAGCAGAGACUUUGCACCCAACCUUCACAGGAGUUCAGCAGUAUGCAGCUGUGUAUCCGACCACCACCAUCACCCCCAUUGCACAGAGCAUCCCUCAGCAGCCUCCCAUCCUGCAGCAGCAGCAACGAGAAGGUCCUGAAGGCUGCAAUCUCUUCAUCUACCAUCUCCCUCAGGAGUUUGGAGACAACGAGUUGAUGCAGAUGUUUCUGCCCUUUGGCAAUAUCAUUUCCUCUAAGGUAUUCAUGGAUCGUGCCACCAACCAGAGCAAGUGUUUUGGUUUUGUAAGCUUUGACAACCCAUCCAGUGCACAGACUGCUAUCCAGGCUAUGAAUGGCUUCCAGAUUGGCAUGAAACGCUUGAAGGUUCAGUUAAAACGACCCAAGGAUGCUAACCAUCCCUACUGACAGCAGUAAACAAGCAGGAGUCACUUCUGCAGCACAAGGUGAAAGGAAAGUCCAGAGGAAGAAUUUCUGCUUCAGGUUGAUUUACAGAAAGGCCAGUAAAUUUAUCGACUCUUUUGACACCACCCCUUUCUUUCCUCUGCUUCCCACCUACCCACCCUAUCUUCCUCUUCCCCUCCUCUCCAAGACACGCAAUUAAAGAGAAGGCUCAAUAUCUGCCCAGGAGGAAGAUUCUUGCCACGACCGACUCAUAUUUGCUGCUAAUGUGGUGCAUAGCAAAGGGACCAGCAAACCAGCAGCCCCUGGGGACAUAAACCUCUUCCUCUUGGGGUAUGUGGACCAAGAAAACCCACUGGUGUGUCUCUAGGUUAAUGCAGUGAUGUAUGGAAGUUUAGUCCCAUCCCUCCCUCCCUCUUGCUCCGUUUCUGGCCUUUUCAUAGACAAAUAUACAUAUAUAUACAGUCUCUAUUUUUUUUUAAAGUGGCUCACAGGACCAAACUUUUCAGACUGACUGCUUGCAAGAGGUAUUGGACGUUUGGGGUUUACCUUUGCAACAGUGUCUUCUCAGCACACACUGCAGAUAGGCCUGAACAUUUUGAGAGGAUGCUUGGGGAGAGAGAGGGGGAGGGUGGCAGAGGGUAGGGAGAAAGAGAGGAUCAUCUCUCUGCUCAACAUUAGCAAGAAGGAGGAGAAAUACAUACCUCCAGGAUUAGGGCACAGUCAGAUGCUCAGCUCGAGUCACUCAUCCACUGUAGCACCAGCCUGGUUAAGGAUCUCAAGAGCUCUCAGUCUUACCUUUCCCAGGGCUUCUGCAGACAAAGCUCCUGGAAUUUGGUGCCAGACCCCAUCCUGACAACUCCCCGAUUAGACUGAGAGCACAGGAAACCAGUCACUUUACCUACAGGAACUGUACUGCCUCCCCACACAUGGCACAGAUCUGUGUUUCAUAGUUCUCCAUGGUAACAGCAUUUUCUUGAUGAAGGCAAGAGAAGAUAACAGUGUAAGCAGAUGCAAUCUUCAAAACAGUUACAGAAUCCUCCUGGGGGCUACACACUGCCUCCCCGUGUCAGAUAAGCUAACGCUUUCCAUAAGCUGUAAAAUGUGUUGAGGGGGUUGAACGACAUAGCAGAGCUGCUUAGUGAGCUGUACUUAUUCCCAGAUGAAACAGGACGUUUUCUCCCUCUGAAUUCAGCAAGAAGACUCACCUCACGCACCCAUUUGCAAAGCUUUCCCCAGCAGAUGCAAGGAUAAUAUGAUGAAAGAGGGUUGUCAUUCUGUUUUUUCAUUUUUCCCAGCACUCCCUCCAAGAGACUGAUAAUACAUUAUGCAGCAUAUGUAUAUAUAUAUAUAUAUGUAUAUAUAUAUAUAUAUAUAUAUGGACAGCUAUAUGCACAAUACUCUUAUGCACAGAAUGUAGUUCAGAAUUUGAUUUAGAAAAGAUCCUCUGGGAGUGGGGGGGGUGUCACGCUGACAAGGCACAUCCCUUUAACAGUUGGAAACAAUCUCUUAAGUUUCUACAAAAAUAAGGAAAGCAAGACAGAACAAACCAGCCAACUCCACAGUGAUUAAUGACUGAUUAAUUUCAAUAUUCCAGAGUUUGAUAAGGUACCACAAACAUUUGGGUGGGUGAGUGGGUGUGGGGGUGUGUGUGCAGUGAAACAUGAAUAAAGGGUUGGUGGGGAAAGGUUGAUGCAAUUAUUACUGAAGUGAGCUAUGGGGAUUUUAGAGAAUCUUGGCCAACUCUCACUCUCCUCCAGUUUCCCUUUGUUCAGGUGUAUGUGGCACAGUUCUAUAAGUACCUUCACAUCUCCUCAACUACCCUUCUGUAUCUGAUGCUGAGAGUUUACGAGAGAUGAAUGAAGCUGUGUGAGUCUGUGUGUUUCUAUAGUCCAUGUUUACUUAUUGUAAAUACCAUUUUUAUACUUAACAUCUAUUAUGUAUGUGAUUUGUAUAAUGUACUUUAUUUCUGCUACAAGUAAUUUCAUGAAGUUUAAACUUAGUCUAAUUUUGAACAAAACAAAAAAAAAAAAAGAAAAAAGACCAACAAAUGCAAAAUGGGAAAAAAAGGACUUUGGAAAUCCUAGGUCAAGCUGGUUUUAAACAAGCAUUUACGAUUUCUUCCAUCACAGUUACUGAUGUGACUGUACAAUGUUGCAGGUGCGAUACAAGCUUUGUCAAUGUCAAAUUCCUCACUCUGGUCAAAAAAAAAAUCCUGAAUUUAUUUAAUAAAAGUUUUACUUGCUAAGUAA